ACACGCGAGUCGAUAAGCCGGUUCACCAUGGCUUUACCCAAGAGAAUCAUUAAGGAGACAGAACGUCUGAUGGCAGAGCCUGUUCCGGGCAUUAACGCUGUGCCCCAUGACGAUAACCUCCGCUAUUUCGACGUCUCAAUUCACGGACCAGCACAAUCUCCAUACGAGGGUGGUAUCUUCCGACUUGAGCUCUUCCUGCCAGACGACUAUCCUAUGACCCCACCCAAAAUCCGCUUCCUGACCAAGAUCUACCACCCCAACAUCGAUCGUCUCGGUCGCAUCUGUUUGGAUGUCUUGAAGAAUAAUUGGUCUCCAGCUCUCCAGAUUCGUACGAUUCUACUCUCGAUCCAGGCACUGCUUGGAGCCCCGAAUCCCGAUGACCCGCUCGCCAAUGACGUUGCUCAGAGAUGGAAGGACGAUGAGCCUGCUGCUAUCCAAACGGCAAAGGAGUGGACUCGGACACAUGCUAUGACCUAAGUCCGUUGGUGUUAUGUGACCAUGAAGUGCAGGACAACCCUUU